UAGAAGAAUCGUCUUCUACUUCAAUUUUGCUGUUUUCAAUCUUUAUGAAGGCCUUAUGGGGUUGGGUCAAAACGUAGUAGCAAGGGGGCCAAGUCCAAGACCAACUUUCCUACCUAUCUUAUUAGAGACUAUAAAUGACCAACACCAACCGCACCUCCAACCCUCAAUUUCUCUCACUUCACUUCACAUUCUACUCCCCACCUUAUUGCCUUACAAUCAAAAAGCAUGAAUGUGUAUAGAGCUCAAAUGUCUUCCUGUUACUUCCAUCCCAAAGAACUAGUGGUGGGUGUCUGUGCUUUGUGCUUAAACGAGAGGCUUCUUAUCUUGGCGUCCAAACGAGGUCCCCAUCGCCACCAUUCUUCAGCCCCAACCUGCCGGAAAACUCCCAUCAACCUCUCUAAGAUCUUCGCUUUUACCUCUUUCAUCACCCGUUUCGAAUUCCGCCGUUGGAAGCCGGAAAACUCGGCCGAUGAAGCCUCCACCAGUCAAGAAGACUCAUUCAUCUCGAUCAACUUUGGGAAAAAUGGAGUUGGGUCAUGGGAACAGAACAAGGUCUCAGAGGUGUUCCUGGAGAAGAACUGUAGCCUGUCAUGGAACCACCACUUGACCAAAGACUCCAAGCAGACCAAGACUGUGAUAGAGCAUGGCAAGCCCCGUGCCUCGCUUAGGUGGCGGAAGCGGAUCGGCAAUCUAUUCCAGCUCAUUAGAAGGAAAAGGCCCAACAAAGGGACAGUCUGCCACGUGGAAGGAGUCAAGACAAGAAAAGGCUGGAUAAGAACUCUGACAAGGUCAAGGAAUUCUGAACAGGCAUAAAGGAACAUCUAUCCCUGAAUUGGAAUUCAAAUAUGAUUUGUAAAAAGAUUCAAGUCUAGUCUUAGGGUUUCAAAUUUUGAACAAUAAACCAUCACGAACCUCCCCAAUGGUUAAUAUUGUCCACUUCGAGUAUAAGAUUCCAUGGUUUAUAAACUCAUGAUCAAUCCCUUAAGACAUGUUUGUGAGUGAAAAAAGAAUAAUGUUCAAACCAAUCUCACCAACCUAGACAUUCUCUUGCCAUGAGCGAGCCUGUAUGCAUGCGGGAAGAAGAUUAGAAUUAGGCAGAGGCUACAUCUUUUAGCAGUGUCCUUGACAAGGGCAAUUUGUCACAAGUGCCCUAUGAAGCAAGAGGACCAUUGAUUUGGAAAAAGGACCACAAAUUAAGGUCCAGGA